AAUGGCCGCAUCCUCGAAGCCCCGACAAACUAUCUUUGCCUCCUCUCCUCCUACGACGGCGAUGGCCGUAACGCCACCGCCUUCCCCUCCGACCCAUGACUUCCUCCUGUUACCUCCUUUGCUAGACCGAUCAGACCCGUCUCUCUCUCUCUCUCUCUCUCUCUCUCUCUCUCUCUCUCUCUCUCUCUCUCUCAUAAUCUCUCCGAAGCUUUUCCGUGUAGAGUAGAAGGAUAUCGGUAAACCCAAAGGAGAUGCUGCAAGGAGCAAAGCUCGUGUCCAUCCAGCAGCAGCUUGGCAACUUCUCUGUUGCCGUCUGGCUCUGCAGCUUUGCAGCCGUAGGUUUUGGUGGCUCUAGAUUCGAAACUUUUAUAUCAAACGAAUGUUUUGUACCCUUGUUGGAUUUGGAUAGUGAGGUUGCCCAACACUUGCAAGAGUUUUCAAGGAAAGACCCUACAACAAAGAUUAAAGCUCUUGCUUCCCUGUUCAGAACUGAUUAAGCAAAAGAAAGGGAAGGAAAUUUUUUUGCCAGUAAUCCCACAAUGGGUAAUGGAUAUGCAGGAUUGGUUUCAGUUUCUUAUCUAUUGUCAUCCCGUAAGCAAAAAGGGUGAAGAAGCAAAGGAACUACAGAGGCAUGUGAGCAAUGAAGAGAGAACACUCCUGCCUGACUUCUUCCGCAAGAUCCUGCUGCAUCAAGUGUAGUUACCCAACUAAUUGUUAUUGCGUCUGCUGUAGUUGUGAUGGGGGAAACUUCUGAGAACGUCAAUGACUUCAUUAGUGGCGUUUCUUCCGUGGAGAAGGAGAAUGAAGCUCUUGAGGGACUUGGGCAUAUUGUGUUUAUUACUGAUCCUUCUGUAAACAAUGCUCAGAAUGCUCUCUCAGCAUUUUCGUUGUUUAAUGCUUUAGUAUGGCAUAAAUCGAUUGAAGGUGAAGACAAUCUGAAAUCCUUGGCAGAUGAAACGUGGGAUCCGGUUAAAGAUCGGAUACUUGAAGGUGUUUUGCGUCUUUUCUUCUGCACCGGUCUUGCUGCGGCUAUUGCUUCUUCAUAUUUCCCGGAGGCAGCAUCUAUUGUUGGUUCAUUUCGAGUUGAUCAUUUGCAGUUCUGGGAGUUUGUGGCUCAACUUUUGGUAGACUCUUCUCCAAGUGCCAGAGAUAGAGCUGUCAGAGCAAUGGAAUUUUUGGGUCUAAGCAAGGGAGCCAUAAUGCAAUAAUGUACUCUUCCAAUCCAAUCCCGUCAUUGCAACUUGCUGCAUACAUUUUUUGUCUACCGAGCCGAUUUCCAGGCUGGCUGUAGUUGUUGAUGGGAAUGCACCACUGAAUGAUGAGUCUCUCAUUGAUCAGGACUCGAGCAAUACUGGUUUGACAUCUGAAUGGAAGCUAUGGCUAAGAGAUUAAGUAUCUUGUAUGGUUGAGAUACUUUGCUAGACCGAUCAGACCCCAGCUCUCUUUGCUAGAUUCAAAACUUCUCUAGCAAACGGAGAUUCUGCUCCCUUCUUGGAUUUCGAUAGUGAGGUUGCCCAACACUUGCAACAGCUUUCAAGGAAAGACCCUACAACAAAGAUUAAAAGCUCUUGCUUCCCUGUCAGAACUGAUAGAAAUUUUGCCAGUAAUCCCACAAUGGACAUUUGAGUACAAGAAGUUGAUAUUGGACUACAGUAGAGAUGUUCGGUGGGCUACGCAUGACGUGAUGACUAAUAUUGUCACUUGCCAGGAGAUCGUAUGUGGCUCAAUAACUGAUCUUUAAAGGGGAAAUAAGAUGAAGAGAAAGCAUUACUUUGACUUCAACCAUCCAUUUAAUCCAUGUCCUUUCGAGGUGUUCUGCUCGGGGACAUGGAAGGCGGUGGAGUACUUAAGGAUUGAAAAUGGAACGAUGACGAUGCGUCUCUUGGAGAACGGACAAGUGUUGGAUGAUAUAAGACCAUUUCAGAGGCUUCGUCUUAGAUCAAGAAAGGCCACUUUGGUAGACUGUACAUCUUUUCUAAGACAUGGUCUGGAUGUUUGCGUUCUCUAUCAGAAAGAUGUCACUUUGGAUGAAGAAACUACAGAGCCGGUUUGGGUGGAUGCAAGGAUAUUAUCUAUAGAGAGGAAGCCUCAUGAAUCUGAAUGCUUGUGUAUAUUCCAUGUUAGUGUGUAUAUAGACCAAGGCUGCAUCGGUUCGGAGAAACAUAGAAUGAAUAGAGCUUCGGUACCAAUGGGGCUCAACCAAAUCUCUAUACUCCAGAAGUUUUGCAAGGAACAAAACUUAGAUCGCUACUACAGAUGGAGAAACUCUGAGGACUGUACUUCGCUGGUGAAAACAAGACUAAAUCUGGGAAAGUUCUUGCCUGAUCUUACUUGGUUGCUUGUUACAUCAGUUUUGAAAAACAUUGUGUUUCAGAUCAGAACCUUUCACGAGAAGAUGGUUUAUCAGAUUGUGGCGGAUGAAGAUUGUGAAUGCUCUAGUAGCUCUCUGAGUGCAAUGAACAUCACGGUGGAAGACGGUGUUUUCAUGUCAAAAAUUGUUUUGUUCAAUCCAGCUGAGGAUACUCAUCAAGAUACUGAUGUAAAGCAGGAGAUCGAAGAGGAGGUAAUGGAGCUGCGUCGAUCCAAGAGAAGAAGUGGGCGGCCUGAUAGAUUCGCUGAUUCUGAGAGUCAACCAGAUUCAAAGGAUGGAUGGGUAAGGAUGAUGCCAUAUAGGUACAGCUCAUGGACUGUUUUAAGUGAUGAUGAUGAAGAUAAUGCUGAAGAAGAUUGUGAUGAUGAUAGAGAUACGGAUGAUGAUUUAUACUUACCGUUAUCAAAAUUAUUUAGAAAAAAGGAUAGCACAAAGGGAUGUAGUAAGGAUAAGCAAAGCCAAAUUGUUUUGGUAGACAAAACAGAGAUGAAGAAGAGGAAAAAAACAGAGGGAAUUGGUAGAAAUCGCGAGCUUUCGGUUAUUCCCUUCACUCCCGUCUUUGAACCUAUACCGUUGGAACAGUUUGGUCUCAAUGCUAAUAGUUUGUGUGGUGGUCUCUCUGGAAGUCAUUUGAUGGAUGAGAUAGAUAAGUAUCGUAGUAAAGCAGCAAAAUAUGGGAAAAAGAAGAAGUUGGAAAUGGACGAGAUGGAAUCUGAUCUAUGUUGGAAUGGACCCCUCAGGAAUGUGAUUCAAAAAAUAAAUGGACCGCAUUCCCGAAUACGGUCAGUUUCUGGGAACACCAGAGUUUCUGAGGAACCGCAGAUUUAUAAGAAGAGAACAUUGAGCGCAGGUGCGUAUAACAAGCUGAUAGACUCGUACAUGAGUAGAAUUGAUUCUACAAUUGCAGCCAAGAACGAAGCGACCAAUGUUGUUGAGCAGUGGGUGGGGUUAAAGAAUGCUGCAAGCUCUUCCAUGGAAGCCGGAAAAAGGUUGAGUGAGAAUGAUGAUGAUGAUGAGGAGACGUCAGAAAACGAAAUGCUGUGGAGGGAAAUGGAACUAUGCUUGGCUUCUUCUUACAUUCUUGAUGACAAUGAGGUGAGAGUGGAUAACGAGGCCUUCCAUAAAGCAAUCAGUGAUUGUGAACAUGAUUAUGAAUUGAAUGAAGAAAUCGGAAUGUGUUGCAGAUUGUGUGGUCAUGUAGGAACUGAGAUGAAACAUGUUUCUGCACCUUUUGCACAUCACAAGAAAUGGACCACAGAGACUAAGCAAAUCAACGAAGAUGACAUAAAUACUACUAAAGUGAACCAAGAUGGAGCUGAGAGUCAUAAUUACACUAUACCAGUUGCUUCCUCAGAUAUGCCCUCCGCUGAAGAAAGUGACAAUGUCUGGUCUCUAAUACCUCAGCUUAAGAGAAAACUGCAUUUGCACCAGAAAAAAGCUUUUGAGUUUCUCUGGAGGAACCUAGCCGGGUCAGUGGUUCCCGCGAUGAUGGAUCCGAGUUCAGAGAAAAUAGGUGGAUGCGUGAUUUCGCAUACUCCUGGAGCAGGCAAAACAUUUCUGAUCAUAGCUUUUCUUGCAAGCUACUUGAAGAUAUUUCCGGGUAAAAGGCCAUUGGUUCUUGCUCCUAAAACAACCUUGUACACAUGGUACAAGGAGUUCAUCAAAUGGGAGAUUCCGGUACCUGUUCACUUGCUCCAUGGUCGUAGAACCUACUGUGUGGCCAAAGAGAACACCAUUCAGUUCAAGGGAAUUCCAAAACCGAGCCAAGAUGUUAUGCAUGUUCUUGACUGUUUAGACAAAAUCCAGAAAUGGCAUGCACAGCCAAGUGUUCUUGUUAUGGGUUACACAUCGUUUCUAACAUUGAUGAGGGAAGAUUCAAAGUUUGCUCAUAGAAAAUACAUGGCUAAAGUACUGAGAGAGUCUCCUGGAUUACUGGUUCUAGAUGAGGGACAUAACCCGAGGAGUACCAAAUCGAGAUUACGAAAGGCCUUGAUGAAAGUUGAUACUGAUUUGAGGAUUCUGCUUUCUGGUACAUUGUUUCAGAACAACUUCUGUGAGUACUUCAACACUUUGUGCUUAGCUAGACCCAAGUUUGUUCAUGAGGUUCUAAUUGAGUUGGAUAAGAAGUUCCAGACAAACCAAACUGUGCAAAAGGCGCCUCACUUGCUUGAAAAUAGAGCUCGGAAAUUCUUCCUCGACAUUAUAGCCAAGAAGAUUGACACAAAAGUGGGCGAUGAGCGCUUGCAAGGUCUCAACAUGUUGAGGAAUAUAACCAGUGGUUUCAUCGAUAACUAUGAAGGGAGCGGAAGUGGAAGUGGUGAUGUUCUCCCAGGUUUGCAGAUUUACACAUUGUUGAUGAAUUCCACAGAUAUACAGCACAAAACUCUUACCAAACUUCAGAACAUAAUGUCGACUUACCAUGGAUAUCCACUUGAGCUCGAGUUACUCAUAACGUUAGCAGCUAUCCACCCUUGGUUGGUCAAAACCACUACCUGUUGCACAAAAUUCUUCAAUCCCCAGGAGCUUUCCGAGAUUGAGAAGCUCAAGCACGAUGCAAAGAAAGGAUCAAAAGUCAUGUUCGUGCUUAACCUCGUGUUCCGGGUGGUCAAGAGGGAGAAAAUCCUCAUAUUUUGCCACAACAUUGCACCGAUUCGCCUAUUUCUUGAGCUGUUUGAGAACGUUUUCAGGUGGCAGAGAGGCCGGGAGCUCCUGACCUUGACAGGGGAUCUUGAGCUGUUUGAGAGAGGCAGAGUGAUAGACAAAUUUGAAGAACCAGGAGGCCCGUCCCGUGUUCUGCUGGCUUCGAUCACGGCCUGUGCAGAAGGCAUCAGUCUAACUGCUGCAUCACGGGUGAUCAUGCUUGAUUCAGAGUGGAAUCCUUCUAAGACAAAGCAAGCAAUCGCACGUGCAUUCAGACCGGGACAGCAGAAAGUGGUGUACGUUUACCAGCUCUUGUCCAGAGGAACACUUGAGGAAGACAAAUACAGGAGGACAACCUGGAAAGAGUGGGUCUCAAGUAUGAUUUUCAGCGAAGAAUUUGUGGAGGACCCAUCUCAGUGGCAAGCUGAGAAGAUUGAGGACGAUGUUCUUAGAGAAAUCGUGGAGGAAGACAAAGUCAAAUCAUUCCAUAUGAUCAUGAAGAAUGAAAAAGCUUCAACAGGUGGCUGAUUACGUAACUUUUACGGUUCAAGUUUCUUUUUCACCAUGCAUCUAAUGGUUCUUUAACAGCUUGUUGUAUUGUAAUAAACUAAUCUUGUAUCACAAGUUUGUGUAACCAUUCAGCUGUAGAGGAUCAUAAUAUGAAAUAAAGGGAACUAGAUGUAUUCAUCAUA